AUAGUAUUCAGUUAAUAUAUUUACACAUACAUAGUCCAUGCUUGCUAUACUUAUUCUCAAAUAUAAUUUAAAAAAUAAGCUUCACGUUUUUCCUUGAGGGAUUUGCAAUAUUUCUAAAGAAAACUCUGAUGACCCAGCAUUCGAGCAGCAUUUAAACACAUCAUUUACACUUGAAUCUUGUUGGAAAUAUGAAGAGUCUCACAUCAGAUUUUUGUAUAAAUGCGGUUUUAUGUGUGUGUGUCAGGCAAUUUGUGCGUACUUUUUAAAGUUUUGUGUUUAGUUAAUCUUAAACCAACAAAUGGUGCCUGUGCGACUGUGACUGCAGCUCACCGCUCCCACAGGGGAUGGGUCAAAUGUGGAGAACACAUUUCACAGACCUGGUCAUGUGACAAAUAAUGAAACUUUAACUUUAACUUUAAGAUGCAAUUUAAGUCGCAAUUUAUUCAUCUGACAUUUUAUGUUUCAUUAUGCUGUGCAUGUGCUUAGUCUGUGUUUAGCAAAUAUUUUUGUGUGUGGGAAGGAUUUUGUUUCACUUUUGGUUUUAAAUGAAAAAAAGUAGAUAUCUGUGACAUAUGUAUGAAAAGUGGUUUAUAAAUAAAGUUUAGUAGCAUUGAAUGGUGGCAUUUAUGUGCACACUGACGAUGGAUUUACAAAUUACAACCAAUUAUACUGUUCUGGAUAAAGACAUAAAAAGAUUUAGUUUUCUCCCACGAAUUAAUCUCUAAAUUAAAGUAAAUGUCUGACAUUUCUGUAAACUAAGAAGAUUUAACACUAGAAACAGAAAACUUUUCUAUGACCGAUGAUUUGUUUUGAUAAAAUAAAUCAAACUAACAAACUCAAAUGUAUUUUAACAUUUCUCAACAGUCUAAAUACAGCUGUUAGUAAAAAAAAAAAAAAAGUUGUUUUUUUUCCCCCCAAAGGUUAUAAUCCCACCCCCAAAAAACCUGUAAAUCCCUACAUUAGCACAACAAAAUCUGUUUUUGUUUGCUUAUUUCUUAAAAUUUGAGCCAAAUGUGCUUUUUUCCCUUUUAUUAGAGUAAGACCAUUUUAAAUAUACUUCUUUUACUUGAGUACAGCUCUAUAGCAGUCCGUCGGGUCUCACAGGUAGAUUUCUUAGACGCCUCAAAACAGGUGUACUGUCUCUUUAAGAGUCCGAAAGCGAAAGUGAACGGAUUUCCCCGGAAAUACCCGAAACAGUAUUCCUUUCUCUCUCCGGUCCAGAAUUGGAGAAAUGGCGAGCGGAAGUCUGUUUUCUGAAGAACAGUUCUUAUGUCCCAUCUGUCUGGAUGUGUUCAAGCGACCCGUGACCACUCCCUGUGGACACAACUUCUGCCUGUCCUGCAUCACGUCGUACUGGGAUACCGUACCAGCCAGCAAGUGUCCUAUCUGUAAGGAAACUUUUUAUAAAAGGCCUGACCUCAAGGUAAAUACUUUCAUUUCAGAGCUGGCGGCACAGUUCAAAGCGCUUCAUGUCGUGAGCGCUCCCGCCCAGAAACCAGAUCAAGAGCAGAUCAGCUCUGCCAGUUCGGUAACGUGCCACCUCUGUGAGGACAAGGACGCCAUCAAAUCCUGCUUGGAGUGUCAGAUGUCGUACUGCAUGGUUCAUCUGGAACCUCACAAACACUACCCUGAACUGAAAAAACACACUCUCCUCGAACCUAUCGCGAGCUUUGAGAACAGCGUCUGCAGUCUGCACAAGAGACUUCUCCUGCUGUUCUGCAGAGAUGACAAGGCUGUGUUGUGCGACCUUUGUGCCACCUCACUUCACAGGAAGCACGAUUUGAUUUCAGUAGAUCAGGAGUACACGGACAAGCUGAGGGAGCUUGGGACGGCACAGGCCAAAGCUGAAAAGAUGAUCCAAGAAAGAGUCCACAAAGUGCAGAACAUGAAGCAGUCGAUGGCACAAAGCCAGAUGGAAAGCGAAGGGUUGAUCACAAAGAGUACUCAGGAUUUCACAGAACUGGUGUCUGAGAUGAAGAGGAAUCAAAUGGAGCUCAUCAGAGUGGUUGAAGAGCGGCAAAACAUGGUAGAGGAGGAAGCUAAGGUAUUCAUUAGUGACUUGGAGCGUGAGAUCUCCGAGCUGCAGGAGGCAGCCAUCAAGCUCAGAGCGCUAAAAAGUACCAAAGAUCAAGCCUCUUUUCUCCGGAACUACCCAAGUUCACCUGCCCUUCCACCCACCCUGGACCUGUCCUCAUUCAACUACAACAGACACAGAGAGUUUCACUACAUGCGCAAAUUGUUCCAAAAUUCAAUUUCCCAGUUGCAGGCACUACUGGGCAAACUGAGUGGAGAUAUAAACAAAAUCUCGGGCGGUGAAAACUUGUCCAACAAUGCCGCUCUGACAUACAUGCAACAGUUUGAGGUGAACAUCACGCUUGAUCUCAGCACAGCUCACCCCCUGCUUUGGAUUUCUCCUGACAGGAAGCAAGUUAGGUACAACAUAGGCGCAGCUUUCUGGGGACAACAGAUCGAGACACCUGGCAUGUUCACGGAACAGCUCGCAGUUUUGGGAGACCGAGGAUUCGCCUCCUCCAAGUUUUACUUCGAGGUGUUUGUGGGUCAGAAGACAGAGUGGUGUCUGGGUGUUGCCACGGCCUCGGUCCAGAGAAACGGGGCAAUGACUCGCAGUCAUCACUCCGGACUGUGGGGCAUCUGGUUCUUGGAAGACAAGUUUGAAACCUUUAGUUUUCCGGACAUGGCAGUGCAUUUGGGGAAAGUGGAGAGGGUAGGGGUCUUUGUUGACUAUGACGAAGGUGAGGUAUCCUUCUAUGAUGUGGUCCAAGCGACUCCUAUUUACUCUUAUACCAGGUGUUUCUUUACAGAAGAGCUCUACCCAUACUUUAACCCCUGUGAUAAUGAGUAUGGCUCAAACCUGGAUCCAAUGGUAAUUGUUACUGCUUCUGACCAAUAACACACAAAAUAUUUAUUUGUAAAAUCUUGCAGUUUGAGAAAUAUCUUACAAAAGAAGAAAGGUUUCAAAGGUUUCUGCAAGUUUAUAAUUUUACUUUGUGUCUUACAUGAUUUUGUGGGGUUUAGUGUUUUAGAACUUAACCACUGUGAAACAAUUAAGUUUUAAGUCACAGAUUUCCUGAAAAAAAUUAACAUUUUAGAUUUCUACGGAGCCUGGCAGGUAUCUGAGGUUAAGAAGAUAAAAACGCGGAGGAAUUCUGUGCCCAAAUCAUUUAUUCCGUUUUGCAAUCUAUGUGCACAGAUUUAAAAUUGUGCUUUUUAAUGAAUUGUUGUUGCAUCGUUGCUUCACAUUUAUCCGCAGCUCUUUGUUUACAUCACAUAAAGCCCGGCUACAUUUCCCGUUUUGGUCCAGUUUUUCCGCUCUUAGCACGGAUUGUAUUCAGACUGAGGAAACUCAGAGAGAACCGGAGCUCAGUCCAAUUAAAACAAACCGAGAUCAUCCUGGGAACUGCUUUCGGUGGUUUGUUUUUGGUCCCGAACCAGGAAUUGUUCCAGAUUAUCGGGGGAAACAACCACGUGUUCAGUCUGAAUGCAUCCUAAGAGUUUAUGCUUGCCCGAUUACAAAGCAUACAGCGGGGUUAGGUAAUUCCUUAGUCACAUCCACUCAAACAAGGGUUGACUCAUACAGGUACUGCAGAUUUUUGGGUUGUCCGGACCCAUGGAGUGUCGUAGACAUGAGUGACUGCAUCUUAAGGUUGGCGCAGGUAUGUCCUUCAGUUCUAUUGAAAGACAUCCUCACGGGGCGUCAUGAAAAACGGAACGUAUGACUAUGGCACAUGUGGUAGGUCAAUUGUGAAGUAUUUGUCAGGAUUAUGUAAGUUACACACACUUGUAACAUAUAUUUAAUGCUGUCGUAUGGUGCUCUUAUGCCACACUAAUGCAGUGGCGGAGCUAGAACAGUUUAGAUGGAGGGAGGAAGAAGACUUUGGAAGAGUGGCAAAUGAGAAGAGCGGAAUGGAAGAGCAUUACAAAUAAAAUAUGUUGUUCAGUUUUAUUUAAUACUUCUUUAAGCAUUUGUACUGCCUAAAUAAGCUUAUAUUGAUAAUUUCUUAUCCUUUGUCAGUAACGUUACUACAAUAAUAUUGUUUAAAAAAUUUGGGGUUAAGUGCAGAUACAAAACUUUUCCAUUGCGUGUUGUAUAACUGUAUAACAACGUUUUAUUAACCUUUGUGAAUGGAUUGCUAAACAGAAAGUGUACUUUAAAAAAUCUAAAUCAGAAUUCCCCUAACUUUUAUGUUUUUUUUUUUACCCCUUGGCACCUGCAGGGCUCCGUAGCUUCAAAAGUUGGGAAUAUCAUGACAAAGUAGUCCCACUAAAAGCUAUGGGUCACGUGUUUCCUGGCAGCUUUGAACAAACACAACUUAGAAUUAAAAGCUUUUUGAGUUUAAUUUGGCCUUGCAGCCAAGAAUGACAAAUCAUGUCAUGUGACAUCCUGAUACUGCAAACAGUCAUUUCUAACUUACCAGAAUGACAAACUUUUAAAAGCAGAAGCAGGUUUCCAAAAUAAGACAAAAAAGUUGCAUUAAAGAUUGGAAACAGUUUUCAUUAAUUAUUCAUUUUUUAAGAGUGCAUAUGGAGAAUUUAACAAAGCAGAACUCUAAAUGAUAAAUAAUUAAACUCAGUUGCAGAGCAGCUAAAAGCAUUUUUUUUAAUAAAGCAUUAUGGAUUGCUUAAGAAUAAAUGUUAAAGGAGAGAAAUGUAACUCAUUUUACAAGUUUUAUGAAAAUGUAUAUUCUUUGUGAUGUCACUUUGUGUAUCUCAUGGCAGCAUCUUCAAUUUUUAACUGUAUUACAACAGUCGGCAAAGAGCUUCUUUUUUUUCUACACUACGUUUUAAAAAAGGUGUGUCUUAGUUCACAUGAGCAUUUCUGUUGAGCCACUUUAUUCAUUUUCUGUAUGUUUUCAAAACAUGUCAAUGUGCCUUUUACAAUUUUAUGUACAGGGAGAUUUUAUUUAACAAGUUUUUUUUCAACUAAGUGCAUUAUUUUCAUGUAUUUUAAGUAAGUAAUUAUUGUUCACAGUCUGAAGAUUUAAUCCAGAUGUUUUUUUUUUUUUACCUAUUCUAAUGUAAAGAUCACUUUUUAUCUAAUGAUAAUCCAUGUACUCGGAUUCAACUCUCAAAUAUAAUCUCAUGUAAAAUAUUUAUUCUGUUUAAUCUUGUUGCUGUUUAAAUAAAUAAAAAGAUGAGUAAGACUGA